UCAGAGCUCCAAAACUUGGCAGUUCCAAUUGGCUAACGAGGAGCAUUCGGAAGAGAUCCAUCGCCCAGGAACAAGUCGUUCUGUGAUUUGUAGAAUAUUCAGGUAUCCUGGGAUUUACUCAUCUACCAUGACGUGUCGCACAAUAGUCUCGGGUGGGGUCUUGUGAUCUGGCCCGUUACGAGGUCAAAGAGGGAGAGCGAGAGAAAGAGAGAGUGAGGUUUAUGUGAGAUUAAGGAGUGAGGGUGAGAGGAACGUGUUUGUGAUUUCGGGAGAAGUUGGGUGGAGCCAACGGUGAGGAGAGUAGGCUAGGAGAAUGGCGAGGCGGACAUUUGGCUUGAGUGUGUUUCUGGGUUUGUUGGGUUUAUUGGUUCUGUUGGGGAAUUCGUGGAGUGUGACAGCGGCCCCUGCGAAGUUCGAUGUUCGGCAGCAUAUUUCCAGUUCUACCAGUUACGCAGCUGGGAAAAGCAUCGAGUAUGGAAAUGGGGAAGUCGUGAGCACUCCGGAGGGUUGUGUGCCUAUUCAUAUGAAUCUUGUGGCAAGGCAUGGAUCACGCAGACCGACCAAGAAGAGGAUCAAAGAGUUGGAAGAGUUUGCGGAUAGGCUUCGUGUUUUGUCAGCGGAAGCUGCCAAAAAUCAAAAUGAGACUACAUCCUUACCGCCACUCUGGAUCAAGGAAUGGAAGUCCCCAUGGUCUGACAAGCAGAUUGGAGGGGAAUUGUUGCCAAAGGGUGAAGAGGAGCUGUAUGACUUGGCACAGCGUUACAAGCUCAGGUAUCCGGAAAUCUUCUCGGAACCGUAUCAUCCUGAUGUCUAUCCGAUAAUUGCUACUCAGGUUGGUAGGUCUUCGGCAAGUUCUGUGGCUUUUGGAAUGGGAAUGUUCGCCGGUCAGGGGACUUUAGGCUCAGGAAAACAACGUGCUUUCUCCGUCGUUACUGACAGCAAAGCAAAUGACAUCCAUCUUCGUUUCCACGACACAUGUAUGGUUUACAAGGAAUCGAAGAAGUUGCAGAAGCCUAAAGUAGAUGGGUGGCAAGUUCAAGUGUACGAACUUGUCGCUAAAUCGGUGCAGGGCCGCUAUAGUUUGGCAGUCAAUAGCGAGGAUGUGUCCUCCCUUUGGUUACUCUGCAAAAAUGAAGCUUCUCUUUUGGAUAUCGUUGAUCAGGCUUGUGCUAUGUUCACAGCGGAGGAGAUAGAGUUGCUUGAAUGGGCAGAUGAUCUCGAAAUGCAUCACUUAAAAGGUUAUGGAGAUAUGUUAAACUACCGUAUGGGUGUUCCACUACUGGAUGAUGUGGUUAAAACCAUGGAUCGUGCUAUGGCAGCUGAUCAAUCCAAGAAGGUAGUGGAGAAAGCUAAGUUGCGGUUUGCGCAUGCAGAGACUGUCAUUCCGUUCAGUUGUCUUCUUGGCUUAUUUCUGGAAAACACUGAUAUAAAACAGGUCCAAAGUGAAAAACCGUUGGAGGCUCCUCUUAGACCUCCACAGCAGCAUCUCUGGCGUGGUGCUCUAGUGGCGCCCUUUGCAGCAAAUACGGCUUUGAUUCUUCACAAGUGUCCUGCAGAUAAUGGGGAUGGAGUGAAAUACUUGGUGCAGGCUUUGCAUAACGAGAAGCCUGUGAUCAUGCCGGCAUGCAAUGGUACAUAUUUCUGUUCAAUUGAAACCUUCAAGGAGCAUGUGGUUGCACCACACAUGAAGCGCAGCUAUGAAUCCCUUUGUACAGUGGAGGUGAUUCAUGAACCAACCAACCAGACAUUCUUCUCCAGGAUCUUCUCUCUUCCGUCACACUUGUUCAGAUGGCUAUUCCGCCCAGCUCCUGCUCAGGGGACGUGUCAAGCAGGAUUUAUCGCAACCAGCUGCUUGAUAAUCCUCCUCUUAUGGAGAAACGGUGACACAGUGAGGAAAUUUCUCCAAAUAACUUGGAAAAGAUGGUGCACUAGGAGGACAAGAAGAAAUAGAAAUUUUGGAUAUGUGGCUUUGUAAAUGAGCUUUGAUUUAUUUCAUGUUGAGUUUAUUCGUGCUGAUUCAAAAGCAAA